AUGGUUACAAACGAGCGCGAAACACGUCAGAAAAAAGUUGCAGCAGCCUUGCUGUUGUUACAACAGCAAGAAGCAGCUCUAAUAAAUGAGUUUAUUCCGUCCGCAAUCCCGAAUACAGAUCUCAUCAUUAUCAAAAGAGAACACUACGAUGUAUUCAUGAGAACGGUGAACUAUGCCGUUGAACACCAUCAAACAAAAAACUCAACGAUUCUCUCAAGGAUGCAUCCGAUUGGUAUCCUGCUUUGCGUACUUGUCAGUAUUGGAUAUUGCACUGAUAUCGUUGUUAAUGUAGCGUUCUACUGUCCAAAAAACAAAACUUGGAAAUAUGAUAUAAAAGGUUAUGGGGAUGGUUUCCCAUAUUCACCAAAUUAUUUACUGGACUGCGAUCACAAAAGUCACUCAUCGGAUACAACUUUCACCUUCAAAUGUGAAGCUGCCGACCUUUUUUUUCGACCCGCGUUCGUUGCCUGGAAUCUUGGUACCAACGAUCACGCAGCUGCUUACGAAAAACUACUUGUCCCAUAUAUGAAAGAGGAAUGUUGGAAAUAUGGUGACACGAUUUGUACCGAGUAUGUGACAAGUACAACAAAGACUACGUCAACAUCCACAACGGAAUCUUCUAAUUUGGUGCCUAUCAUCAUUGGAGCAUCCGUCGCAACAAUCGUUCUCAUUGGUGGUCUCAUUUGUUUCUUGAAAUGCAGACAGGGCAAAAAAAACAAAGUUUUGGAUCCGUAUGGUAAAACAAAUGGAUUGUCAUGGCAUACGCUCUGCGUCUCCCAUGAUCUCUAUCUCUCUGCUAUCAGUUUACAUCGUGUUUCUACUCGGGGCACGUGUAUAGUGAAUAGUGAUGAGGAAAGGGGGAGAGACACACCACCAGACGUGAUUCUUUUCACUUCUUCCGCACUUGCGGACAGCGAGAGGUCGUGUUAUCUAGCACCUCUCACUCUGAAUAAAAGAUGA